UUCCUUUCGGUUUCCCAUUGCCAGAUAUCUACAUUAGAAUAAUAAUUUUUUCAAUUACUUUGGAUCUUCUUUCUCUUCAUCCUCUUUCAGAUAUUAAGGCCGUAAUAUUAGAAUUCUUGUUUUCCCGGAAAAUUUUUUUAACCGGGGAUAGUCAGCUGCGCCAUGUCAACCAUCUCCAUUUACAGAACUGAAUUCUUGACUUUUUGUAGCAAUGGAUCGAGACCCCGCCACAAAUUUCAAAGAACUUCCCUCUCUCCGACAAUGAAAAUGGAUUCUAAAUCAUUUGAAAGUGAGAAAAAGGAAGAACUCUCGGUACAGCGUCAAACGCCGUCCAUUCCUCAGCUCGAUUCCUCAGGACCAUCUAAUCUUGGGUUUGACCGGCUGCAACCAUCGGAUCAGGAGCUAUAUCAGGAUAAAAGACUAGAAUUUGGAAAAUUCGUGGCGAGAGAGGCCUUCCUUGAUGAAGAAUUCUGGACAGCGGCAUGGCUGAGAGCAGAAAGUCACUGGGAGGAUCGACCAGGUGAAAGAUAUGUCGAUAACUUCAAAAGGAAAUUUGCUGAGCAGGAAUUCAAUGCUAUAAAAAGGCGAUGCAGGGGGCAACAUGGGCAGACACAUACAUGUAUUGUCACGGUUAAGAAGGAGGAAAGGAAUGUCAAACGCACAGUGCUGAAAAGUGUAGUUGGAACCCUUGAUUUCAGCAUUCGGUAUUUGUUGCAUGGAGAGUCUUUUCCUGGGGAACGUACAAGGCCCCUCUUCUGCAGCAUCAACAGAACACACCUGAAUAAAUAUGCUUAUGUUUCCAACUUAUGUGUAGCCAAAUCAGCCCGUCGAAAGGGCAUUGCUAGCAAUAUGUUGUAUUUUGUUAUUGAAUCAGCCAGAUCAAGUGGUGUUGAAAUGGUAUAUGUGCAUGUGCAUAGACACAAUGGACCUGCACUGGAACUGUACGAAAAGAUUGGUUUUGAGAUAGUUCAAAUGGCAAGCUCUCAGUUGUUAGAACAGCAGAUGUACUUACUUUGUUUCAAGACAUAAUAUUCUGUUGAACACCAAUUCAGGAUUUCUUUUUUUCUCUUUUUGAAUGAAAAAAAUGAAAACCUUACAUACAGCUUGACCAACGAUGGGAAAGGAUUAACCCAAGAAAACCUUACAUACAGCUUCACCUGGCAUUACCGCUCAGGGGACUUUAUCACCUUUUUUUUUUUUCUGAAAGAUGGGGACUUUAUCACUUGUGUAUGUAAUAUUUCCAUGAUCAGGAAAUUGUAAAUGCAGUGAAUUUCUUGUA